GAGCGAGCUCAGAGUGACGCAAGCUUCGCGACAGUGCAGAGCCGACUAGAAAUAGAGCGAAGGAGCACAGCCGGCUCGGGAGCGCGUAUUUAUGUUCUUGACGAUUCGCCAGAGGAAAAUGCGGAGAAUACCGGAGUCGCUGCGGGUGCUCAAGCUGCUGCUCUACAAGAAUUAUCUGGUGCGCAGACGCCAGUGGCUCGUGAGCCUGAUCGGCGAGAUACUCGUGCCGAUAUUCAUCCUGGCGUGUAUCUGGUCCGCGAGAGACCUGAACGCGACUCCGCCGCUGCGGAUUACCAACGACACGCACUACCGCGCGCAGUCGAAGGCGGAGCUGAUCGACCGAAUGAUCGAGGGCUUCAACGAGAGCGCGAAGAUACUGUAUGCGCCGGAAAGCGAGUUCACCGCGGCCUUGAUGGCGGGAGUGAGGACGUGCUUUCGCGAUCGAGCCGAACUGUACUCGUACAAGGCGGAGAGCGAACUGUUGGCCGACUACUACAGGAGCUUCGAGAAGGGGGGCUGGAACGUGCCAUCGGUGAUAUUCGACGCGUCGUCGCUCGGCAAGUCCACCCAGCACCUCAAGUACAAAAUCCGCAGCAAGCAUCUCGCCGAGAAACUGCCGUUCAACGUCUACGAGCUGACGAAUCUUACGGACUUUUUCACCGAGGAGAACUACUUCGUGCAGGUGCAGCUUUGCCUCGACGAGUCCUUCGUCAGGAUGAAUGAUCCGUCCUUCGAUCCGCAAAUAUCCGUGCAGCAAGUGCCCUAUCCACCCUACACCGCACCCGAUCUUUUCGACCUGAUAUUUCGCCAGCUAUUCGGUGUAAUCUUCACCAUGGUGUUCAUGAUCCCUCUAUUCAUCGAGACAGCCAAGGCAUCCAACGAGAAGUUCCUCGGCGUGAACGUCUUGAUGUCCAUGAACGGCGUGUCCAACGCCCUGAACCUGUUUAGCUGGCUCCUCAGCGGGGUCGUCUUCGUCGUCGUCUGCUCCGUCCUGCCUAUAAUCCUCGUCAUUCGCUGCUCCAUCGAAGGCAACGUCGUGCCUUACUUGCACUACAGCAGCACUUUCAUCGUCCUUCUCGUGUUCACCUGCUACGUUACCCAGAUAUUUUGCUACGGAAUCCACGUUUCCGCCUACUUUGCCAGAUCCUUGUACGUCAUGUUCGCUAUUUUAAUAAUGAACAUGGUAGCAUCCACUGUACACAGACAUGCUUUGAACGACGAUAAUGUAUUUAUGGUGCCGUAUUUCGGAGUAUUGUUUCCGAAUUUGUUACUCGUCAGAGCAGUUGAGGAGAUCAAUUACUAUGAAAUUAUCGGCGACGGCGUUCAUUGGAACAACAUAUUCGCUGUUGCAAAUGAAAUUUACGGGACUGCCGGAAGCGUAGGUGGAAUGUUAUUGUGCUCGCUGUUUGGAACUGUCGUACAUUUUACUCUGGCGUGUUACGUCUAUGCGAUAAAUCCUGGGAGGUUCGGCGUUCCAAAACAUCCGUUUUACUUUCUGAAGCUUCGGGGAAGAAAAGUGAACACCGAUUACAGAAUGGACAAUCUUGUUUUGAACCAUGUCGACGAGAAACUUUUUGAACCUGAAAAUGGAACGAAUUACGAGCCUGGUAUUCAGAUCAGGGGCUUGAGAAAAAUUUAUAACAUAGGAUUAUUCAGGAGAAUGAAAGUAGAUGCUCUUCGAGGCAUUUCAGUAGAUUUUUACAAAGGACACAUCACAGUCUUACUGGGUCAUAACGGCGCAGGGAAGACUACAAUGAUGUCAAUACUAACAGGUAUGCGAGGACCCAGUGACGGCAUCGUGCUCAUUAAUUCCAAGGACAUAAAGCAACACUCUAAAGAAAUUAUGAACGACAUGGGUUUGUGCACGCAAGAGAACAUGCUUUUUCCUAGUCUCACUGUGGGAGAGCAAUUGGAGUUUUUCGCAAUGCUGAAAGGGAAAGAUCAGUCAAAAUCAGCGAUCCAAAAGAAUGUAACGGUUCUGCUGGCGAAGUUCAAGCUAACGGAGAAGAAAGACUGUUUACCCAAUCAAUUGUCAGGAGGUCAAAAGCGUCGCGUAUGUCUCGGUAUGGCACUCGUCGGCGAUUCGAAUACUUUAAUUUUGGAUGAGCCAACUUCUGGUCUGGAUCCGGAAAAUCGACGUAUCAUCUGGGACGUUUUGUUGAAAAUGAGAGGCGAGAAGACCAUUUUAAUAAGUACACACGACAUGGAAGAAGCUGAUAUUCUCGGCGACAGAAUUGCAAUAUUGCAUGGCGGACAGUUGAGAAGUUGCGGGACAUCGAUGUAUCUGAAAAAGCUAAUCGGACAAAACAACGUGGAACUAACGUUGUCUGUAGAACCGUCUUGCGACGUCGAAGUAAUAAGAGACGAGUUGAAAGGUCGAGCAAAAGUCACAAAUCAAGAUGGAAGUAAAAUCGUUAUGAGCAUUCCUUAUUCGGAUGAGCUGCCAGAUUCAUUAGAUCAAUUGGAAAGCAAGAAAAGCGAACUAGGAAUAUCGGGUCUCAGUGUCUCGCUGAUCAGCUUAGAACAAGUUUAUCUGAAGGUAACUCGCGAAGAAGAUGACGCGGCUACGUCGCGCCAGCCGUUCUUCACUACGCCGUUCAAAGUGACCGGCAAAGAAUUAACCAUGAAGUCUAUAAAAGCAUUACUAAGCAAAAAGAUGACCUACACUUUGAAGAACCCGUCAACGAUUACUUUGAAAUUACUUCUGGUUUUUAUGGCGUUACUGAGCAUAUCAUUGGUAUUGAAAGAAGCCAACUUCUCCAAGAUAACAAGCAGGUUGAUAUCCCUCAGUUUAAAAAUGUAUCAUCGUCCCGUCACGUACUUUCAAAGUUUCGACGACAACUUAGGCAGACAAUAUACGCAUAUGACGCAGAAGUUCAGAGGUCGAUCGGUUCAAGUGAAAGACUCGAGUGUGACCGGAGCUUUACUGAAGUUUUCCGAACAACAGUUUACGGAGUAUAAUAACCACUUGAUAGCCGCGGUCGAGUUCAGUCGAACUCCGACCGGCAGUGGUUUGGCUGCCAAGGCCUUUUAUUCGGGAAACAUGUCCUACGGUUUCCCCAUCUCCGUGAACCUCAUGAUGAACACCCUGGCGAAAGCUCAACUGGGCAACGAGUACGAGAUCAGCGUGUCGAGCCAACAGCUGCCGUCGUUGGACGAGAAGCUCUACAAGGACAUUUCGAUCGUCAGCGCUUACACGACUGCCGUCCUCGUUGCUUUCUACGUUUGCCCCGCCGUCUCGCUGUUCGCGAUCCAUCCGCUGCGCGAGUCCACCUCGAGUUUCAAGCAGCUGCAGACGAUGACCGGUGUCUCUUGCUUGGCCUACUGGGGAACAAUAUUUCUGUUCGACAUGCUUGUCUAUCUGAUUCUGAUUAUUCUGAUCCUGUUCGGAUUCGCGGUGAUGGAUUUCGUCCUGGACCUCAGGAUAUUCAUGUAUAACGGCAUGUGGAUAUCGUUUCUUCUGUACAUGCUGUUCGCCAUCAAUUCGCUCCCUUUCGUCUACGCAUUUAGUUUUCUGAACAGAGAUUCGAGUAGCCUGAUUCGACUGCUGACGUACAUAUCAUUGGGCCUCAUUACCGUGGAGAUAAUAAUGCACACCGUCAGAUCGGAGCUGGGCCAACACGCUGUCGUGCGGGGAAUCCGGACGAUUCAAAAGGGGAUCUUUCUGUUGGUGCCAUACGUGAGCUUCUUUCACGGGCAAGUUUCCUAUCACCUGACGGCGCAGAACAACGCCAGAUGCGUGAAAAUGCCGAACGAGUUCUACGACAUCAAGUGCAGCCCUUUCCCGGCGGACCUGUGCUGUCUGUUCGGCUGCCGCGACGGCAAGUGCGCGAGCCACAUCGAGUACUUCAACGACUUCAAGUACGACAUCAGCUUGGAGGAGAGUCUGGUUUACCUGGGCGUCACGCCUUUCCUCUACCUCGGAAUACUCGUCGCGCUGGAGUGCCAGCUGGUCCAAAAGCUGCGGGCGAGAGCGCGGAGGACGGCGACGCUGGCGGCCAGCGACGACGAGCAGGUGCAGCGCUCGAAGGCCGCCAUCUCGGCGCGGAUCAACGGCUUGCGCGAGGGCGAGGCGCGCGCAGGCGCCGAGGACAUCUCGAUGAGCGCGCUGCAGGACGGCCCGGUGCAGUUCAUGGUUUACGAGCUGCGCAAGAGAUACGGCGAGCUGUCGGCGGUGCGGGACGUCAGCUUCGCGGUGCGCCGCAAGGAGUGCUUCGGCCUGCUGGGCGUCAACGGCGCCGGCAAGAGCACGACCUUCCGGAUGAUGACCGGCGCCGAGGUGCCCGACAGCGGCCUCAUGUACAUGGGCGACAAGGACUUCGCGCGCAACCGGCGACACUUCCUCUCGCGGAUGGGCUACUGCCCGCAACACGGCGCCCUCGUCAGCUCGCUCGACGCCCGCGACCACUUGCGCCUGUUCGCUCGGCUGCGCGGCAUUCCCGAGCUGCAGGUCGAGCUCGAGGUGCAGACCUGGAUCCGGAGGCUGAGUGAGUGGCUCGCGCGCCCUUUCGAUCGUUCCCCACGUCCGCGAGCUGGCCACUUUUGCAGACUUGACUGCGUGCGCGUCGCAGCCGAGCGGCACCUACAGCGGCGGCAACAAGCGACGACUGAACAUCGCGAUCGCGCUGAUCGGCAUCCCGGACCUCGUGCUGCUGGACGAGCCGACGACGGGCGUCGACCCCGGCGCCAGGCACUCGCUCUGGAACGUCGUACAGUCUUGCCAGACGACCGGCCAGGCCGUCGUUCUCACGUCGCACAGCAUGGAGGAGUGCGAGGCGCUGUGCAACCGGCUCGCGAUAAUGGUGGGCGGCAGGCUGGUCUGCAUCGGGCCCUCGCAGGAGCUGAAGCAGCGCUUCGGCGCGGGCUACGACAUCCAGAUGAAGCUGAAUCCCGAGAAGGCGAGGGACCAGGUGGACGCCAUCAAGGCGGACAUGGUCGACGCGCUGCGCUGCGAGCUCGCCGACGAGAACCUGGGCCACCUCGUGUACCACGUGACGCCCAGAGGCACGAGCUGGCGGAAGAUGUACGACCUGAUGAACGCGAUGAAGAGCCGGUACGACUGCAUCGACGACUUCUCGGUGCUCUCGUCCACCCUCGAGCAGCUCUUCUUGAUGUUCGCUCGCGCCGCCAACCAAGACUCUACCAGGAUGCUCGACUGCGACUGAUCCUUCUUCUCCGCUCCAGCGGCAACUUGUACAUAGCGGCUCCCGCUCUCUUUUUCUCUCCACUCUUUCCCGUCCGAAUUUCCCUCUCGACGACGCGCUCGUACCUUUCUACACGCUUUUCACAUUUCUAUUUUCGUCUAAUAAAAAAACAAAUGAAAAACGAAACCAAUAGAACUCCACGCGCAUUAUGUACCCUUGCAACACGCGCCGCGAUCAGAUUCGCGCGCAACAAUAGCUGCCGCCUAAUUGUCCUGAACAUGACUCCGCGCGAUUCCACUGCGAUUUUGUAACGCCAAGCUUUUGGAAGCGUCGCUGAGCUGCCAUGGGAAAAUCCACUGCACUCGAUUCGCAACAAUCACAGGAUAAUAAUAAUGGAUUCGCUCGGCGAAAUGAUGCUUUGUUUGCUCGGUAUUUUGCUUUCCUUCUUCUUAACGCGGCAGCGAGGUGUGGAAUCGCUGCACCGAGAAACGCCGACGCCUCGCGCGUCCGACCGAA